ACAAACCAAGCUGCUUCCGCUUCCCUUCCCUUCUCGCUUACCACACUCCACACUGCUCGAGCCACUCUUCAUGGACCUCGGUGCUCUCAGCAGCGACUACUCGUCAGGGACGCCGUCUCCGGUGGCGGCGGACGGCGACGAGGGCGGCGGCUUCUCGACGUACAUGACUGUGUCUUCCGCCCCGCCGAAGCGGCGUGCGGGGCGGACCAAGUUCAAGGAGACGCGGCACCCGGUGCUCAAGGGCGUGCGCCGGAGGAACCCCGGGAGGUGGGUCUGCGAGGUGCGGGAGCCCCACAGCAAGCAGAGGAUAUGGCUCGGGACAUUCGAGACCGCCGAGAUGGCGGCGCGCGCCCACGACGUCGCCGCGCUGGCGCUCCGCGGCCGCGCCGCCACGCUCAACUUCGCCGACUCGCCCCGCAGGCUCCGUGUCCCCGCCAUGGGCGCCAGCCACGACGAGAUACGCCGGGCCGCGGCGGAGGCGGCCGAGGCGUUCAUGCCGGCGCCCGAUCAUCAAGCCCGGAGCAAUGCGGCUGUCCAGGAGCAGCUGGCAGGUGCCGAUGCACCAAGCGCCGCAGUGCAGUUCCUCAGUGACCCGUACUACGAGAUGGGCAAUGGGAUGGACUUUGGGAUGCAGGGAUACUUGGACAUGGCGCAAGGGAUGCUCAUUGACCCUCCUCCGAUGGCGGCAGGUUCGUCGGCAGGAGGUGCCGGAGAGGGAGACCAUGACGGCGAGGUCAACCUAUGGAGCUACUGAUGAUGAUAGCUCGCGUUUGAAUUGUGCUUGGCGUGGCGCGCAGAACUUCUAAUGUGCAUGUGCAGAUUUACGGCGGUCCAGUACAGGAAGUGAAGUGCAUGGUUGCCGGCCCUUUCGUUUCCCUCUCUCUUUGCUUUCCUUUGUUUUAAACUUUUCUGGUUAAUGUUAAUGUAUUCUUGCUCUAUGAACUUUAAUCAGAAGAAGCAGAAGGCCUUAUCAUGAGUUUAGUACACGUACGGGUUCAUGCAUGUCAGGAUGUGAGUGUUAAAACUUCAAACGGAGUGUUGGCGCUGUCCACUAGCUAUGUAUCAUGUAUGUAUGCAUCUCCCUACCCUGUUGAUGUCAAUGUUAUAGUUAAGCAGUUGUGUGUACUCGCUGCAUUAAUUAGCUGGCCUGAUUUGAGUUUAAAAAAUCUCAA